AUGUCGUCUUCACAAUCCAACCCAAUUCUCUGCAUUUUUCUCCUAACCGCACUUCUCCACAUCGCAUGCAUAACCGGGGAACCAAUUCUAGAGCUCUACAUGCAUGACAUCCUCGGAGGAAGCAGCCCCACAGCAAGACCAGUCACCGGUUUAUUAGGCAACAUCUACAGCGGCCAAGUCCCAUUUGCCCGACCAGUCGGUUUCCUUCCCCCGAAAGGAGGAGUAGCCAUCCCAAAUGCAAACGGAGCAAUCCCAACUGUAAACAUUAACGGUGUUCCCCUUGGAACUGGCUUGGCUGGAGUAUCUUUCGCCGGAAACACAAACAAUAACAACAACAACAAUGGAAUCACCACACAGCUGGGACCCGAUGGGUUAGGACUUGGAUUCGGAACCAUAACUGUGAUCGAUGAUAUUCUCACAUCUGGUCCCGAGUUGGGCUCGCAGGCUCUCGGAAAGGCUCAGGGUGUCUAUGUGGCUAGCUCUGCCGAUGGAACCACUCAGAUGAUGACAUUCACUGCCAUAAUGGAAGGUGGAGAAUACGGAGACAGUCUCAAUUUCUACGGGGUUUUCAGGAUCGGGAGCACUAUGUCGAGGCUAUCGAUAACCGGAGGAACGGGUAAGUUCAAGAAUUCCUGCGGGUUUGCUGAGCUUCGUUCGCUCAUACCCGCCGGACAGCAUGUAACAGACGGAGCCGAGACUCUACUCAGAAUCACAGUUCACCUUAACAACAUUAAUUGA